AUGGAUUACAUGCAGAGAUGGUUCAGCAACAUCAAGUACGUCUACAACAGCAUGAAUCCUGCCGUGUUGUCAGGUAUGUACGGUAUCUUUUUGUACUUUAUGUACUGAUUUAAGUGCAAUUGUACUUAGAGUUGCGGAGUAUAUUAGUAUAUGGCAUCUUAUUAUUUAAAUAGCAAUAUUUUACCUUGGUAAUAACGUUGUAGGCGCCAUUGACGUUAUUGUGAUUGAACAGCCUGACAAUACCUUGAAGUGUUCUCCUUUCUACGUUCGUUUUGGCAAGAUCGGCGUCUUCAACAGCAGUGAAAAGGUAAGUGUAGUAUAAUAUUAUUAUUGUCUUUUUGGUAUGUCAUAACCUAGUCUUCUUCACAAUAUAUUUGCAUACUUUUUACAGUACGUUGACAUAAGGAUAAACGACAAGGAUGUAGAUAUUAGGAUGAAACUGGGAGAGAAUGGACUGGCCUACUUUCACGACAGCAGAUCCCAUAUUAAUCACAUUGUAAGUGACUUUUGGAAGUUAUAUAAAAAAGGUGAAGUCUUGGCUUUAUCAACUUUUAAUGUUCUGUGAACUCUUUGACCGUACUCUUGAGGUCCUUCUUAGUAAGUAUCGAAAUGAUUUUGUUUAGUACCACGACCAGUUGAAACAAGAAGACGAUCACGUUGCUUCGGCCGUUCGGAAGACGUUCAAACUGGAACAGAAGCUACUCUCGGGAAUGGAUGAGAACACUGACGUCAGCUUGAAGCGGUGUCCGAGUUUGGCAGAAUCAACCAGUACUAGUGGGUUCUCAUCGUAAGUUACAGUAUACUGUACUUUCACGGAAAACAGAAUAUUUAAAGAUGGCUAAGAUGCAAAUGUGUACAGUAUUACGACAGUAGACAUAUGUAGGGUUAUAUGGGGUACCUUUCAGUACCAUAUAUAACGUAACACACUUACAGUGCCGGCAGCGAAGAUGAACUGUACGAACCAGACCCUGUCCUCCGGUCGUUUCGUAUCUCUAGUGACAAGUUGCGACAGCUGGGACUAAAAUAUGGUCAGAAUGAUGCCAAGUUCAGCAUAACGACCAGGUUACAAGGAACGACCGCCUCCAACUGUCACAUUUACCUGUACAAAUGGACUGAUAAGAUUGUGAUUAGUGACAUUGAUGGCACCAUUACAAGGUCUGAUGUUCUUGGCCAUAUCAUCCCGGCUAUUGGCGGUCAAUGGGCUCAUACUGGGGUUACUGAGCUUUACAGUGCAAUAAGAGACAACGGGUGAGACUUAACAUAUUUACCAUAGUGUGACAUAAGACUUACCAUUGAUAUCUAACAAGGAAAGUGCCCGACCUGCCCCGCUCUGAUUGACUUCAAACUUUUUAUAUAGAAAGAACAUGUAAAUAUAAGAUGUUCAGCAAAGUACUAAAUUAAAUCGCGCUUUCCAGGAAAUCCCGAGAAAAUCAAGAUUAAAAAAUGACAUCUUGAAUUUCCCGCCAACUUGGCAUUGUGUUUCAAGCUUGUAACUUUGUCAUUUUUUGACUUUUAAUAAUUUUUCUUUGAUAUACUAAUAGAAAACCUUUAAAUGAACCUACAUUUUUAAAUUUGUAAGUGUAGAUUGGCUGGAAAGUCGAAAAAAGUGCUUGAAACACAAUGCCAAAGUUGCCAAAUUGGCGGGAAACCCAAAUAACUUAAAUUUGAAACUCAAAAGCGCGAGCUAAAAUUUUUUAUGGGUACUAUUGGUGGUACAAAGAAUUCAUAUUAAAAUUUUGAGCUGAUUCUGAGCGGAGCAGGUAGGGUACUUUCCUUGUAAGCAGUGUUUUGCCGGUCCGGUCCGCGGACGGGUCCGGUCCGGACCGGACGGACCGAAACAGAAAUUUUUGCGGACCGGACCGGACCCAAAAAUUUUGGGUUUGGACCGGUCCGGACCGGUGAAAAACGCUCCGGACCGGUCCGGGCAAAACACUGCUUGUAAGUUGUUUAUCUCACAGAGUACCAUUACUUUUUAAUGGGUACACAUUAAAUGUACUGUAUUCUGAUAAUCUGUCUUUUCAGGUACAAAAUAAUUUAUUUGAGCUCAAGGGCCAUCGGCCAGUCUAGUCAGACCAAAGCAUACCUACAAAGUGUGAUACAAGGCAGUAAAACGUUACCGGCUGGUCCAGUACUAAUAUCCUGCACGUCACUGUUCAUGGCGUUCAAAAAAGAAGUCAUCGAACGGAAUCCUCAAGAGUUCAAGAUCGCCUGCCUCACUGACGUCAAGUCUCUGUUUCCUGUAGAAGAUCCCUUCUUCGCUGGAUUCGGGAACCGCGACACUGACAUACAAUCAUAUCGAGCUGUGGAUAUACCCAAGCAUAGGAUCAUCAUCAUCAACCCUACAGGACUUAUCAAAACGGCACUAGAGACGGGGUACCACUCCUCGUACAUCAACAUGGUGAAAGACACGGUAGACUACAUGUUCCCUCCGCUGCCACAGCCACAUUGUACUAAUGCUGAAGAACUGGAGCUGAAUUCAAAGUUUGUCAAACCUCAUACUUUCAGGUAAUGUACUCUUUGAAAUGGCAUUUCAGUUGGCUUUUAGCUAAUGACUAUAACAAUUAUAAAUUAUAUUUUUUUAGCAACCUAACCCACUGGAGGAAGCCAAAUGACCUGACUAUCGAAGACCGUGAGCUGGAACGAUACGAAAGAGAACGGCUACGGAGACAGAAGGAGAAUCUGGCUAAACAGCCGAAGAAGCGUAGAUUCUUCGGAGCGUAA